AUGCCCCGACUCAGUGUAUUCUCUUGGGAUGGGUUGGAUAAUGAUGACGCGAGUAGUGAACUACAGGAAACACAGAACCGAAUGCGUUCAUACAAAGUCGGCUCACAUUUGAACGUUAUAGCCUCAAAAAAGGGGAGAAGAACGGAACUAAGCCGGCACAUGGUACGUGCUUUGUUUCGACCAUCUGUCGUCUUGUUAGACAAAACUCCCGCACCACCGAGCGAUUUGAAUCCAUUGCAACGUUGCCUCAAUCCCCGAUGGAAAACCUCAGCCAUGCAACUGCACUUACGUAUCAUGGCCAUGAGUGAAAAACGGGACUUGACACAACAGGAAAUAAUGCGACACACUUCUCAGACAAAUCAUUUCACCUCGUUUCCGUACAAUCCGGGAACAAAAGAAGGCUUCUAUGUGGAACGCACUGGAACCGUGUUACCAUAUAUAAGUCCCAGGAAUUGUGCCACACCCGACCGAAUCUGGCUUCGAAAUUUACAACUCAGCGAUUUUCGACCAUUACAAGCCCCGUUUGUACCAGACCUAAUACGAAUUUUAGCCAAUGCAAUUGAAAAAGAUUGCCGAAGUACCACAUUUUCUCUGUUUUUUGAUCAUUUACGUCCGCUUCGAGUUCAAGCGCGAAAACAAGCGGCCUAUUUGGUCCGGAUUAGUCACGAUAAAAAACAGCUUCAUAAAACAAUCAACAGCCUAAGCAAUCCCGUGCGAAUGGCCACACUGAGAAUGUUCCUGAGCGCGCUCCAAGUCAAACCGCUCCAUUUGAGUAAAGCUGUAUUGAAACAAAUCAUCAAGCGUCCAUUAUACGACCAAUUUUUAAGACCUAAUCCACAUAUUAAAACUUUGGUACGACAAAUUGCUUUGCCUAAAACCCGUACGGAACUGGACACAUUGGCAUUCCUGAUGACACAUAUCAUUAACGCAUGGGAGGCGUCACCAGUUGUUCCAAUGGGACGAACUACAUUAUCCGAUAUUUAUGGGCCACUUUUGAUUAGCUUUUCAGAACGACCGAUCAUUAUCGAUCGGGAUGUGAGCCCGAACAAGACAGAAGAAGCCGCUCUGAUGGAGGUGAUUUUGGAUGUGUGCGAUGCUCCGUUUUGGAAUCACUUGAGUAUGCUUCAAAUACAUAAAGCAUUUCAAAAGACCGAUCAAAGUGUUCCGGUAGGAGAUGACACAAGGUUAGUCAUUUUGUAUAUUAGAUGA